AUGACUGAAAAAGACAAUUAUUAUGAAGAACUUGAGUACACCAGCCGAAGAGACAAUUCUUGGAACACUUUAUCCAAAGAGUUCAAAGAAUUUCUUUCUACAAGAGCCUCGACUCUUUUCGCUCUCCCUGUACUUGACAAGGAAAAGAGGGAACUUGCAAAAAAACGGUUGAACCCCAUUCCUGCUAUCAAUGCUAUGAGCAGACAUCAGUGGAAUUUAUUUUUUCAUGGUUACAGCGCAUGGCUGGUUGAUUCAUUUGACUUUUUCUGUGUUUCCAUCAGUGUUAGUGACAUUGCCGAAACAUUCGGUGUUAAGGUUGUUUCCAUUACAUGGGGUAUGACUUUAGUCUUGAUGUUAAGGCCUAUUGGUUCCAUUAUUUUUGGAUUGGCUGCUGAUAAGUAUGGAAGAAAAUGGCCUUUGAUCUUCUGCUAUGCUCUAUUCAUAAUUUUCGAAAUUGCUACUGGCUUCACUAAAAAUCUUAGGCAAUUUCUUGCGGUGCGGGCAUUGUUCGGAAUUGCAAUGGGUGGUUGUUAUGGUUUGGGUUCAUCGACUGCAUUUGAGGAUUCACCCGUGGCCUCCCGUGGAUUUUUAAGUGGAAUUUAUCAACCUGCUUACACUUUUGGAUUUGUUUUGGCAACAGCUUUUCAUAGGGCGUUUUAUAACACUGCUAAAGGCUGGAGAGCGUUAUUCUGGUUUUCUGCAGCUCCUGCUUUGAUAAUGCUCUUUUGGAGAUUGUCAUUUGGUGAGUUGGAUUAUUUCAUAAAUCUUCAAGAAGCUAGGAAGUUGCAUAAUUUAAAGAUUCACGAGGAGAAUGAAGAUAUCUCUAGUUUCAAUAGUGCUGCUUCUCAAAAUAACCACUACAAGAAGCAAGAGUCAAAUCUUUGGUCCGAUUUGAAGACGACACUAAGAUUUGAGUGGCCAAUUCUUUUGUAUCUUGUUCUAAACCUUUCCGUUUUCAACUUUUUGUCGCACGGUUCUCAGGAUUUGUUCCCAACAAUGCUAUCAAAGCAGAUCAAGCUGUCUACAAACGCAUUAACUGUGACAAAUGUCGUGGUGAAUUUGGGUGGCUGUUUUGGAGGACCUGUUUGGGGGCAGAUCUCGGAGAUUUUAGGGCGGAGAUUGACAAUGAUGCUUGCAUGUCUAUGUGUUGGUGCAUUUAUAUAUCCUACUUUCUUUGUUCAUUCUCAAAAUGUUAUUAUGGGUUGCGGUUUCAUGCUUCAGUUUUGUAUUAUGGGUGCCUGGGGUGUGUUGCCAAUUUAUCUAACAGAAUUGACUGCCACGACAUCAUUAAGAGCAUUGAUUUCUGGAACGGCGUAUCAGAUUGGUACUCUAGCGUCUUCAGCUUCAUCUACUAUAGAGGCUGAACUUGGUGCAAAGUUUCCUUUACCAGCACUUGGCUCAACCGCUUAUGAUUACGGAAAGGUUAUGUGCAUUUUCUUGAGUGCUGUUGCUGGAAGUAUGCUUGUUGUACUAUUUUUUGGGCCAGAGAAGUUCCAUCAAGUUAUCAAGACCGACUUUAUGCUCGAGGAGCAAGAUGCAUCUAGUGAUGUGGAUAUCCACAGGAUUGUUUCCUCCAUUCCUACUUCGGAUGAGGAAGCUAAAUUAAGAGCACAGAAGUCAUAUGAAGAGCGUCACGCACGGUCAACAUAA